CUUUUCACCGCCCGCGUCGUUAGCGCGCCCGCAACUUUCUUUGAGAUGGCGUCCACCACGUCCAACACCACGAGAACCUCACCUUGACUUUACGCGCUCUCUUAGCUACUGCAUUGUCGUCGCAUAAUCUUUCACAUAGCACCAACACUCCGGAAGCCCCAAGAUGAUUGUUCCUAUCCGUUGCUUUUCUUGCGGAAAGGUUACCGGCGACCUAUGGGAGAAGUACAUGACCAUCCUUAGCGAAGGCAAGGAAGAAGCUGAGGCCCUCGACGAGAUCGGUCUUCAACGCUACUGCUGCCGCCGCAUGAUUCUCACCCACGUCGAUUUGAUCGAAAAGCUCCUCAAGUACAACGCCAGCGAACGAGAACAAGCCCGCGCCGCUCGCGGCGGACGAUAGUCAAAAGACGACACGAACAAACAAUCUGGAGUUUGGGAACGGCAUACUUUAUCAUGGCAAGGCGUUAUUCCGGCGAAAGCAUAUUGGUUUGCACUAGAUCUCAUUUCACCCACAAUCUGGAGGUUUGUGAGAUCAGGCAGUGUUUGAGUAUAAUAAGAGCCGCAGGCCCGUAUUGGAAUUUGGUCGAUGCGUAGGCAUAUGUACAAAACGCGCAAUCUGAACAUCUACCACUCGGACC